AUGGCAAAGAAGUUCAGAUGGUGUAACAUAUCCGACAUGGAGCAGAGGAAGUGUGCUGAACUCUCCAAGGCUCUACAGGCAGUGCUAACUCCCAGGGCAAGGAGCUCAUUCGUCAAGUUAUCCUGCAUCAAAGCGCACAAUGUUGAGGACUGCGUCAAGAAAAUACGGGGAAAUGUGGCGGAUGCAAUGUCUUUGGAUGCUGCCGACAUCUACACUGCUGCAACGUUUUAUGACCUCACUGUUGUGGCGAAAGAAAUCUAUCAGGGCGGUGGCUGUCUGUAUUCCGUGGCGGUCGCGCGGGACGAGAGCCUUGACAUUCGGCAGCUGAAGGGGAAAAGGAGCUGUCACAGCGGUGCUCGGCGCACGGCAGGCUGGAACAUCCCCCUGGCCUUCCUGCUAUCCCAGAGGUACCUCCAGUGGAGAGAGAAUCAAUCCGUGGCUGAAGCUGCCAGCCGGUUCUUCAGUGCGUCCUGUGCUCCUGGGGUGGGCGCCUCCUUCCCAAACCUUUGUGCGCUCUGCCAGGGCCAGAAAUCCUAUAACAAGGGCAGGAACUAUUUCUGUGAAACCACCAACAACGAGCCGUACUACGGUUCUGUAGGAGCCCUCAGGUGUUUGGAACAGGGAGCCAGCGACGUCGCUUUUCUGGACAACACAGCCCUUGCCAGCAUGAGCGUGUCUGAGGCAGCCAAGUACAAACUGCUGUGCACCGAUGGAACCCAGGCCAACGUGACGGACUUCCGAAAAUGCCACCUGGGCCGGGGUCCCGGCAGCGCUGUGGUGACCAGAUACAACUACAGGAAGAUCACCCGGAAGUUCCUCGCCGUGGCUCAGCACCUCUUCGGACGGAGCGGAAAGUACCGGCGGCGCUUCCGGUUGUUCAGCUCAGCCGGUUUCAACAGGAAGAACCUGAUGUUUCGAGACGCCACAGUCAAGCUGCUGCUCCUUGCCGACAACACUGACAUCGGCCCGGUGCUAGGGUUGGACUACAUCACCCUUCUGAAGGGCUUGGGCCAUCAAGGGAGCUCUUUGGAGAACAGCAUUGUGCGGUGGUGCUGCAUUAGUGCAGCUGAACAAAGCAAGUGUGAGGAAUGGGCACUGAACACAAAGUCCACCCCACUGGUCUGCAUCAGAGCAACAUCAGCGAGCCACUGCAUAGAAAUGAUAAAGAGGGAUGAGGUGGAUGCUGCUUCUCUCGAUGCCACUCAUGCCUACAUCGCUGGGAAGUGUGGCCUUGUCCCUGUGGUAACGGAGCACUAUGGAGCGAGCUGUGCAUCGGUCAACGAGACCAACGGAGACGCUCACAAUGUGGCAGAAGGCCGCUCAGAGUUUCCAGCUGGUUUGUCGGACCUCAGUGUCCACGGUACUUUGUUCUACCAGCCGCCGGCUUUCCUUAGUGAGUCCCUCACUUCAGCCAGCAGGAAGCCGGCAAGUUCACGGCACGGGCGUCCCUCCAUCAUUUGCAUCAUUGACCUCAGGUGCAGUCCUACGAUGCCAACUGUGGUCAAGACCCCCACCAUGAUCUGUGAACCUGGACCAGGACGUAUGCGCCCACGGGUGCCGGUGGAGUCACCAGAUGAUCCCAGGGUAACCAGGUGCGAGCGACCGGAGAUGGUCAACUGGCUUCGUGUUUCAACAGAGUCAGUGCCUGAUGACGGGUGUCGGCCAGAGCGCGAGGCCGUGGAAGCGGCCGUCACCCUCCUCGCGUCAACCUGCCCACUAGGGCCGCCUCCCAUCUACGCAGUCGCCGUGGUGAAGAAGGCUUCCCGGAGCGAGAACAUGUUCAACCUGGCGGGGAGGCGAAGCUGUCACAGCCACGUCUACAGCCCCGCCGGGUGGCUGCUGUUGGCAGAGCACACCGUCAUCUCCCGUAGCAACGGCACCCACUGCGCUGAUGUCAAUAAAGCCUACACCGAUUACUUCCGGAAAGCCUGUAUGCCCGGUUCCAGCGGCAAGGGCAAGCUUUGUAAAGUCUGCAUUGGAAGGGAGCAAGCUGGCUCAAAGCCAUCAAACCUCAGGUGUGCUGCAAACCACGACGAACUCUACUAUGGGAACAUGGGGGCUCUGCGAUGUCUAAUCGGGAAUUCCAAUGGGAAAAACUUUGGAGACGUCGCUUUCCUGGAACAUCACAACUUAAUGAAAAAUAUUGAGUGGCUGGGCAGGAGCGAGUGGGCCCCUGGAUGGACUUCCGAUGACUUUGAGCUGCUGUGUCCGGGCGGUGGUCGGGCCCCAGUCACAGAGUGGGACACCUGCAACCUGGGACCCAUCCCCCCAAACAUCGUCAUGACCAGGUCCGUCAUCGCCACCAAAGCUAAAGACUUCCUGAUGAAAUCCCAGGAGCACCUUGGCCCUGGCUCCCACUCCGAAUUUCAGCUCUUCCAGUCCCAGAAGUACGGGGAAAGUGACCUGCUCUUCAAAGAUGCCACCAAGUGUUUGACCGAGGCGGCUCAGCUGGACUACGCGGACAUCCUCGGCCACACGUUCAUCAGCCUUGCCAAGUUGGUGUUCAGCUGCACGGACUCAGAAAUCCUGGAAUUCUGCAGCCGGGACAUCUGCAGCAGCCACUGGUGAGGCCGGGCCACAGGGAAGAGCCCAGCGUCUCACUGCUCCACACUGCCGUGUGUUCGAUUCCUGCACCUGUGGGACAGGUCACUG